AUGGGCUCCCCCUCCUACAGGCUUGCUGCGGCGAUCACGGUCCCCUCGACCGGCGAGUUCCUCGUCGCCCGGCAGCCGCGCCCGCCAUCCCCACCCGAUGCGGAAGAGGACUACCGGCGCUUCGUCGACAGCGAUCUCUACGACCUCCCGUCCGCGCCCCUCGCGGGGACACCCCGGUCGGAGGUGGCCAUCGGCGGUGCGGACUCUGUCGCCGGCCGCCUCGACCUCUCGCGCCUCGACGUGUCCGCCGCCCUUGAUCAGAUUUUUGACCAAUUCGGCUUGCCUGAUGGGAUGUGUGGGGAGUGGAGGCUCCUCAAGUAUGUGGAGGAAGCAGAGUUUGGCCCGGACGCUGGCAUUAACACGGUGUACAUCAUCGGGUCCCUUGAGUCGAAAUUGGAUGCUCUACAAGAGUCAUGUAAAUGGAUGUCCAAGGAGUGUGCAUUGAGGUUGCUUUCGGAAGCGAAGCCAGGUAAUGAUCGCAUAGGACAGUAUGCAUAUAUUGGACUUUUGAAUUCGGAGCUGUCAUCAAACCGCACAGCUUCUCCUGCAUUGCCCUCCCAGGAAUACCCACCUGGAAUAACACUUGUACCUAUGAAGAGUAGGACACUAGCGCCAUUCCGCACAACUAAUCUCGUGGUAGUACGAUCAACCAAUGGUGCUGGUGGAUCUACAUGUUCUGAAUUUUUUGCUUCGGGGGAAGCUCUGCUUAUAGAUCCUGGAUGCAGCUCUCACGUUCAUGCAGAGCUUGCAGAUCUCAUCGAUUCCCUUCCAAAAAGGUUAUUAGUUCUUGUUACACAUCAUCAUCACGAUCACAUUGAGGGUCUUUCAGUUGUUCAGAGAUGCAAUCCUGAUGCUGUUCUUCUGACACACCAAAGUACAAUGGAUCGCAUUGGGAAAGGAAAUUGGCAGAUUGACUACACUUCAGUAACUGGUGGUGAAAAGAUAUGCAUAGGUGACCAAGAACUACAAGUUGUUUUUGCACCUGGUCAUACAGAUGGUCAUAUGGGGCUUCUCCAUGUAAAUACGAAUACAUUGGUUGUUGGAGAUCAUUGUGUAGGGCAUGGAAGUGCAACUUUGGACAGUAGAAAUGGUGGCAACAUGAAGGAUUACUUUGAAACUACAUACAAAUUCUUGGACUUGUCACCACAUGUCUUAAUUCCAAUGCAUGGAAGGAUCAACCUAUGGCCCAAGUAUAUGCUUUGUGGAUACCUCAGGAAUCGAAGGGCUAGAGAAGUGUCCAUUCUGCAAUCCAUAGAGAGUGGGGCCCAAACUCUGUUUGAUAUAGUUUCAAAGACUUACAGUGAUGUUGACAGGAAGUUGUGGAUUCCUGCUUCUUUCAAUGUUCGCCUUCAUGUUGAUCAUCUGAACUCCCUACGUAAAUUGCCCAAGGACUUCUCAUUGGAAAACUUUAAGGAAAGCUGUGGAGUGCAUUUCAUAUUACGUUGGGCGGUGGCAUAUGUGCAUUCCAGGAGCUCCCCAGCUAUCCUUGCGGCAAGUGCCCUUGCUGGUGGUCUUGCAAUUGCUUGUGCUCUCAGAAGGAACUAUUGGAAGCAAUCAUAG